GCAGAAUAUGGUGAUGAAGGAGUAGCCACCACUGUACCAAUUGAUUUGCUUUAUGAGUCCCCCACUACUAUAGUCACAAGUGAUACAGACAAAGCACCAGAGCCAGUAUUAGAAAGUGCUGUGCAGACUAUGAUAUUGCAAGGACUCGCUUUGCCCUGUCGACCGCAGACAAAAUCCAUCUCUCCAGUGAAGGAACAGGAAAUAACACUAAAGAUAUCGCCGAUGAUUGAACCUGAUGAGGGUUCGGAAGAGUUGAGUCAGUGGUGAAGAAUAAUGAAAUAUCACCGAAAAAAACAGGAUAUGAAGGAGGUGAAAACUGAAGAGCAAUCUGAGGGGAUAUUUGAUGAUGCGGAUGAUUUUGAUAUUGACAAAGAGAGUAAAGUAGUUGAUAUGGCAAUACCUAGUGAAGAAACUGUUUUGAUUACCAAGGAACCAGUAAUGCCUGUUGUCAUUGCAAAUGAUAUAACCAAAAUAACUGUUUUUCCACCGACUAACAUUUUAAAUAAUGUAAAUGGUCCUGCGGGAUUUGACUGUCUUCCAUCGCCCCCAGGUAUUAACAAUGUAGCAGGAGCGCCCUCUGGAGGAGCUGUGAUAAAUGUCUCAGUUGCACCAUCUUCGGUCUCACCAAGAAACAGUCCAAAUAGCUUUGUGACUGAGAGUAGAAAUGUGCUUUCCUACAAGCCACCUGACAUUCCUCUGACUGAGACUGUUUCGCUUUCAGUGACAUUUAUUAGUAAAGAUGGUAUGAUCUAUGGGCAUGAAGUUAGAGAAGGAAAUGACAAACUGAUGAAUGUGAUGGCCAAAUUACAAAGCUAUUUUAAGGACAGUGAACCUCCAAGUGGUGACAUUGAAUGGAGAAUUGGACAGCCGUGUUCUGCGUUAUUUUCUGAGGAUGAGCAUUGGUAUAGAGCAAAGAUACUGGAUAUAACAGACCAGGAUAUAGAAGUAGCAUAUAUUGAUUUUGGUAAUACUGAGACUGUUUCAGUAGAGAAUCUAAGAGACGAAGUUAUAGACACAGAUGUACCACAGCAAUGUUUGGAAUGUUUAUUAUAUGGUGUAACACCAAUGACUGAUACAGUUUUGAUUCAAAUUGGUAUGGCGGUUAGGCUUAUUUGUUUUCAGGUGAUUUGA